AUGGGUACAGAUGAGCAAUUGUACUUGAUAGAUGAAGUAUGGGAGUAUCAGUUCUGUUGGCAUCUUAAAGAUGGCCAAGGCCAGGUGGACAGCCGACCAGAUGGCCCCAGAGGCUCAAGAGAAAAGGUUGUGGCAUUUGGCUUUGAUUACUGCUACUGGUCAGUCAACCCAGAGGAUCCUCAGUAUGCAUCCCAGGAAGUGGUGUUCCGGGAUCUGGGGACUGAGGUGCUCUCUGGAGCCGCCAAAGGCUACAACAUCUGUCUCUUUGCUUAUGGUCAGACAGGCUCAGGAAAGACAUACACAAUGAUUGGGACCCCGGGCCUCUUCUCAAAGAAGGAUGACUAUUCCUACUUGCCUCCAUCCCGCAGGAUAAGAGUAAGUUUUCUUGAAAUCUACAAUGAGAGGGUACGGGAUCUGCUGAAACAGUCUGAUCAGAAAAAGCCCUACGCCUUACGGGCCAUUCUGGAGAACAAUCUUUCUUCUGAAAUUGCCAGCAAAAUCAACUUGGUGGAUCUGGCAGGCAGUGAAAGGGCAGAUCCUAGCUAUUGUAAGGACCGGAUCACUGAAGGUGCCAGCAUCAACAAGUCCUUGGUGACCCUGGGCAUUGUUAUCUCUACCUUAGCCCAAAACUCCCAGAUGUUCAUCAAUUACCAGAGCCCGAAUAGCACAUCCAGUGAAGGUGGAGACAGUGGAAGCCUCAGCUCUCCCUCGGUGGCUGGCAGCAUUGGUGGACUCCCUAGAAAGCAAUCAUACAUCCCCUAUCGGGACUCUGUGCUGACCUGGUUGCUGAAAGAUAGUCUAGGAGGCAAUUCCAAGACCAUCAUGGUGGCCACCGUGUCUCCUGCAAACUCCAGUUAUAGUGAGACCAUGAGCACAUUGAGAUAUGCUUCUAGUGCCAAAAGCAUCAUAAACAAGCCACGUGUGAAUGAGGAUGCAAAUGUAAAAUUAAUCAGAGAACUUCGGGAAGAAAUUGAAAGACUGAAAGGCAUGCUCCUGAGCUUUGAACUGGGGAAUUUGAGUCCCUUCAUGGAUGGAAGAAAUGGAAACCUGAAGGAGCUGGUUCUCCAUAAUGAGAUGAAAAGAGACCAGCUCUCCAAAGACUGGACCCAGAAAUGGGAUGACUGGAAGGUUCUCAUGGAGUGUAAUGUUGAUAUCAACAAGAAGAAAGCUGGGGUGAUGAUUGAUUCCAACCUGCCACACCUGAUGGUCCUGGAUGAUGAUGUGCUGAGCACCGGGGUUGUGCUGUAUCACCUCAGGCUAGGAGAAGUCUCUGCUGGGAACAGCAAUUGUUCUCUGGAGUGGUUGGAUUUGGAUGGUGAUGUCACUGCCCCCCAACUGGGGAUUUCCUCUGUGCUUGAGGACAGGAGAGUGCGGGAUGUUUCUGAAGCAUACCACCAGAAGCAUAUGGACCAAGCAGUGUCCCACAGGACGCAGAUUCGACAACAGAAACGCCUUGUCAAGGAUUUAAGGCAAGAUAUCCUAGUUGGGCAAAUCAGAGCUGAGCAGGAGCUGGAGUUUGACCAGGCCCUCAUCAAUCAGCAGAUCAAAGACAUAGAUCAGAGAUGGUUGCUCAGAGAGGAAAGCCGGUUGGCCAGUCUGCAGCAACAGCAGCAGCAGCAGCUGGAGCAGCAGCAGCAACAGCAACAGGAUGGUACUUCGAUUGAGGAAGACACUGAGAUCUUCCAUGAAGCAGAAUCUCAGAUUAGGCCAAAGACUCCAUCAGCUUCACUGGAUGGGGGCCGUACGAGGCUGGUCCAGCUACAGGUCCUCUGGAGGAAUGCUCUCUGGGCAGCAGAGCGUAAAGUCAGGCGCAAGAAAGUCAAGUUUCAGUUGGAAAAGAUUGUCAAAAAGCAGAAACUCCUGGAAGCCCAGAAAAAGCUUGAGCAGCUUGAAAAGCUCAACUGGAAAGACAAUCCGAGCCAGUUGGACCCUGAUCUGGAUGCCAACUUUUCAGCUUUUCAAAAAAAGAGUGACUCUUCCACCAGCAGCAGUUCUUUGGGUGACCACAGACUUUGUGGCCUCCCACUGUCCCCCUCACAAAGGUAAAGGAGCAACAAGGAUAUGGAACAGAGCUAGGAAAGGGAUUCUUGCUUAACACAUCCCUCUUUGUAACUGACACUUAAAAUUUCAUCUUCCUGAGCCCUGAUUCUCCUGAUGUGCUUGCCUGGUACAUGUAUCCUCUGACUUUUGGCUAGCAAAUCCUCUUGUCCUUCAAAGGUGUAAGUUCUCAAACUUUUUGCCCCUGGACUCUUAAAGUUUUGAAAAUUAUUGUGGAUCCCCAAAGAGUUCUGGUUUAUUCAGACUUUUGUGUAUUCAAAAAUUUAUUUUCACUUGAUACUUUCUGUAUUCUCAUCCCCAUUUUAUCUCAAUCCUGCUCCAUUCCCCUAUCCCUUUGUCCCCUAGUUUGUUUUCUCUUUUCAUUUCUCCCAUUGUAUCCCAUUUGGAAGGUUCUCAUUCACCCUUAUUCCCUUUUUGUUUCUUCCUCUUUCUAGUGCCAGCUAAAGCCUGACUCUGCUAGUAGAACACCCUGUCCCUUGCUAUGUUUUCUAGUGCUGGACAAUCCUCCUGAUCCUUGACCUCACAGACUCAGGAAGAAGAGCCUACAUGCUCAUUUCCUCAUUCCUUUACCAUCACUCAGUAGUCUCUUUCUCCCUGUCUUUGUCCUAUCUACCACCUGCCACUAACCUCCAACCCACUCUACUCUUCCACUUUCUCUGGGAUUUCAGCACUUAAGACUUUUAAUCUUCCUCUGCCUCCCAUCCCAUGGGGCAGUUAGGUGGCACCAGAGUGCACAG